AUGGGAUUUUCAGAGAGUGGAAAAAGUGUUACAGAUGACAGAGUUCGUCUAAGUGAAGCAUCAAUCAAUGACAUCCGUGCAACAACAGAUGGGCUGAAGGCUUUUAAAGGUCCUGGUUCUGUGCCAAUCACAAAGCAACUCCUUCAGCUGGUCGUUCUGCACAUGCUCACUACGUCUUGCAUCUAGAUAAGGACAAGAAGGAGAAGGAAGAGGACCAAAAGCAACUUACUCUUCAGAAAGAACAAGCAGCACAAAUGGAAGCACAGAAACAACAACUUGCCGUAGAAAAGAAGGACCUAAAUAGCAAAGAGAAAGAGUUAGAAAGGCAAGAAGCAGCUCAGCAAGAGUGCAUGGAAGUUGGGGAUACAAUCUUGAAGGAGGCAAAUGCAAAGUUGCGAGCUGCCGUGAGGAAUAAAGAUUUUUAG